ACAACACUAUUAAUCAAUCAUUCGCGAAUUUAUCAUAGGAAUCAUAAAGGUUUGGUUCGCAUAAAUGGAUAAAACUGCAGAGUUAGUGUUGUCUUUGGAAGACUUGCUUCAGAUCGCCUUGGGAACCGAAUCAAUAACUGGAGUUAACACAAUUGUGUUGCAUAGUUUGCUCGACUUGGUGCUGCAAAAAUUAGGCUGUGAAAACGAAAAGAUCUCGAUUAGUGGUCACGACGCAAUGGUAAUUGAAAAGCUCCUGCAAGAGUCCUCCAUUUCACCGCUUGCGUUUGAAAGUAACCAAAUGAAGACGAUAACGCAAUUUGAUUGCUUGGGUCAACUAGAAAUUACGGUUAAGGAUUUGGAAGAACAAAUAGACAAACACUUAGAGGAAGUACAGCACGAUAAGUUGGUAAAAGGCUCUAAUAAUUCAAUUUCAAUUUCAACGAUAUUCAGCCGGGAACACAUUUGUUCCACAUGUGAUCCAGAUAUGAAAGACAUGUGCAACUUUAUUGCUGACACCAAAUUCAAGCAUAUAAUUUUGGAACACACUAUUCUGCCUGUAUACAAGCACUUGCAAGCCAUGUCCCAAAAAUUGGAAGAUUUCGAAAUCGAAUUCCUGAAAUGGUUGGAGUUCAUGGAACAACAUUUGAAAACUAUAAGUCAAAAAGACACAGUUAUGAUGCGUAUUCUACAAAUGGAUGAAGAGUUGACAAUGUUUCGCAAUGAGUUUAUGGAUGCUAUGGAUGAUUUGCAGGAUAUAUUGGAUACUAAGGUAGACCGUUGUGACGUAGUGGCAUUACAAAAUGUUUUUGAACAACGAGUCGAGGUUAUCAAAAAAACGAUGCGCGAAUAUAUCGCUACGGCUCUGAAAGCUAACACUACGGUUUUUGCAUUAGAGUCACAUACAGCAGACGGAAAGGUGUUUGAAACUAGUCCGAGUAAAACCGCCAUAGAUCCGAUAUGUGAUUGCCAAGUAUAUGUUCAACCAAAUAUGGGGCUGCAAAAAGCUUCUGAGCAGCAGACUGACCUGGACUCCAAGAAACCCAAACUUAACUUUACAAUCAAAAGAAGCUAUUCAAGUCUUAGCCCUUAAUCAGUGAGAUUGAGUGAGAACAAACACGCAAUUGAAAGAGAUUAAUAAACCUUUAAUUUUAUAAUCUUGGUAUAAAUGGUUUUAAAAUUUUCUCGUUUACGUGUACAAAACUAACUUUAGUAAUAAAA